UGGAAGGACUUUAAUGAAACUCACAGGACUCCACAAAAGAUGCUCUAAUGGAUGACAGUGAACCGCCUGCAGGUAAACUUCAGAUAGAACCACAAGAUGGGCGUCCUCCUGGUGGCGGUGUGGAAAGUGUAGGGUCCCGCUUGCCCUCUGCAUCGGACGAAAAUGAAAAUCGCCUUGACGGGUGUGGGCAUGACCGCCUGACCAGCAGUGACGGCGCCAUGGGCAACCCUGCAGCGUCCGAGCAGGACAGUCUCAACAACAAUGCAGGCUGCACACCCAGCUGUGAGGCGGCCGCCAGUGCGACCUCAGAAAACACUGCUUGUGAAGGCCCCGAGGAUGGACAGGACUUCUCGGGAAAGGACGAAAACAUACCUGGAAAGAGAAGCCCAAGAACCAAGACAGGCACGGCCAGGAAGAUCCCACCAGGACUUUCCUCGGGGGAUUCCACAUCUUUAAUGCAAGAAGACGUGCUAAGUGCAGACGCAUGUGCUGUUGGUGAGGAAGAGUCAGCCGAAGGCAAUGCUAACGACCAACCAGAAGCCCCGACACUGGCUUUGCAGUCUCUGUUCUCACUGAUCCGCGGUGAGGUGGAGCAGUUGGACUCGAGAGCACUUCCCCUUUGCCUCCAUCAGAUAGCAGAGUCCUAUUUCCAGGACGAGGACUAUGAGAAAGCAAUGAAAUUCAUUCAGCUUGAACGACUGUAUCAUGAGCGAUUGCUUGCCAAUCUUUCUGCUAUUCAAGAACAAUGGGAAACAAAAUGGAAAACUGUACAGCCACGUGCAGCCACGUCUCCAAGGAAUUCAGAAAAGGGAUUUAAUGGUGAAGAUUUUGAACGGCUUACCAAAUUUUGCGCAACACAUCAAGAUCCUCUUUUAUCCAAAUCUAAGACAGCAGCUGCGGAGACGGCCCUGGGGAGGGAGAGCUUUGCGCAGUCAGCGGUGUCGGAGGGUCCCCAGGGAAGCGGAGCUGCAGCCGAGGAGCCGGAGCGUGGAACUUGCCCUGGCAUGGAGCCAAGUGGAGAGAGCCAGCAGAGGGAGGAGACCCCGGGGAGCGGGGAGGACGACCCCGACCUCCUCCCGGACCUGUCCCCCGACGAGGCCUCCUACAGCCUCCAGGACGACCCGCCCUCCCCCUCCGACGGCAGCCUGUCGCUGGAUGACCUGGCGAGAAGGAUCGAGGUCGCGGAGGUUGUUCCUGCUGCAGGACUGGUCUCCAUACUAAAGAAGAGGAACGACGCCGUGGGCGACCACCCUGCCCAGAUGCAGCAGAAGCCGCCCAAGCGGAGGGUGCGGUUCCAGGAGAUAGACGAUAACCUGGACCAGGAUGAAGCUGGGAGUGGCUCCUGCAUUUUGCUGGUCUUGCUGUGCGUCGCCACGGUUCUGCUCAGCGUGGGAGGAACCGCCCUGUACUGCGCUUUCGGGGACCUGGACUCGCCCGUGUGCACGGACUUCGCCGACAACGUGGACUUCUACUACACGAAGCUGCUGCGGGGCGUGGCGGAGCUGAAGCACUGGGUCCGCCUCUCCUAGCGCAGCAGCGGCCGCCCGGGCAGCGAGGGCCCGAGGGGAACUCACUCUCUAGGCGGCUCUGAUUUGGGGGGUUGUGUACCGCGCCCCGUGAGGAGCCGUGGACGUCAGCAACUGCAGCUUCAGCAGGCGGCCCAGGGGACCGGCACCAUCGACCUGCGCGUCGUGGGGCAGGAAUGGCCUGGCCGUCCCCCUCGCGGCCGCCUCCGCGGGCUGCUGCGCUGCGUUAAACGGGAGUGUUGCAGCCACGCGUCCUUAGCUUCAUGUCAAGCUGACACUUAAUGACACUUGGUUUCCACUAGUUGGUCCAAAGACGUCGCUUCCAGCCAUCACGCAAUAAGUGUGGGUGUGAUCGAAAGGAGGUACCCAUGUGUCCAUGUCUUUUUUCAGUUGGCCUGGAGCGCUGUGUAAGCAAGGCUUUGCGCGUCAUUGACACGUUCUGGUCUCCGUUUGUGGAAUGGUUGGGUGCACAUGCGUGUUUGCGUGGGUGCGUGCAUGUGUUUCAGUUAAUCAUGAGCAAAUACCCAACGCAAAAUAACAAAAAAAUGACCUUUAUUCUUUUAACUUGACUAUAGAUGUGCAGGCACAAAUCUUUAGAGCGGGUUUCACUGUGGAACCGAGGAGAUGUAGAGGUCUUGGCCCUGGAAGGAGGAGCUAUGACAGAUCUGCAACAAUUAACUUGAUUAACAAGCCAGGAAUUAACUACAGACCUGGAGGUAAAAUUCGAGAGCUCCCUCUGAGUCUCAGGCAGGCCGUUUCAGCAUGGAUUCGAGGCCUCGUGGAGUAUGAUGAAUGCUGGACUCAAUUCAGCAAACGCUUACUGAGCACCUAUUAGGUUCUGAGUCUAAGAACUGAAAUACAAAGAUAAUGAGGUACCAGUUCCUGCCCUAGAGGUUUUCAUUCUGGCCUUGUGUUAAAAAGAUACUUUGGCAAAUGAAAUUAAGUCACCGUACAACUCAGUGUUAGCAGGUCAUGCGUUCAGAGGUUUGAACGUGCAUUCAUGUCACAGGCUCGAGUUAGUCCUUUUAUGGGGUCAUUAAGCAGAAAGUCAAUCAUGUCUUAAAUAAGCAAAUGUCUGAAUUUUGUUUAAAUCUGUCAGUUACGUGGCAUUUCCUUUUCUGAGGUCUAUCAUUUAUGAAGCCUUGCUGUGGCUUUUUAUAACAUAGGCAGCAUUUUAAAAGAAACAGAACAUGAAUUAUAGUUUUUUAGCGAGUGAUCAUUACUUCAUGUUUUUCUGUCAGAAUCACGUGAAAGAAAAAGGGAGAAGUUACUUCCUAGUUGUUACUGGCUGGUACAGUACCCCUUCAUGUUCUGCUUAUUUAUUUAGAUUAUGUGAAUUUUGAAGGGCUUUUUAUAUGUGAUGAAAGUGUGUUUUUGAGCAUGCAUUCGGUUUUCCCAAUGUAGAUAUUUAAUUACUGUGUACUUAGUAUUUUGAUUUCCUAUAAAUUCAGUGUCUCAUGUUUUUAGGCUUGUUUCUUUUAAAAUUGAUGUUUGAUUUUCACUCAUAAUACUGUUUGACUUGUCUCAUGUCACCAUAAACUAAUAUUUUCAAGGAUUAUAGAUCAAAGAUAUUUAUUUAGAAGUAUACAAGAUACUGAAAUUUAGAUUCCUUAUACUUAAGGCUGAUUUUAUUAGAAGGUUAUUUUAAUGUUCUAUUAUAAAUUUUAAGAAUUUGUAUUCAAACUGUAUGUAAAAUAUGUAAAUGUCAACGGUACUAUGUUAGAUGGUUCUAUAAAAGACAUUCACCAAGUCUGCCGUGAGGGGUGCCCCCGUCAUGGACAACCCUCUUCCGUUUCACCCUCUUGGUCCCUAGUUAUGAGAAUUUGAUGAGUCUGAUUUCUGACGGUUUUAUGUGAAGAUAAAUCAAAACUUCCUCCUGCUCUCCCCUUUGAGUCGCUAUGGAAGUCCUACGUACCCCGAGUGUCUCAUUUGCCUGGAGGCGCCAGGGCCUCUACUCCACACCGAAGGUUUCCUGGAAACCUUGACGCUGAGCAGAGAGGACUGAGGUGACACCUGGGUCCUCGGGGGUCCAGUUGAGUCUCAGAGGAACCAGGUGUGUCCUCACGCUUCCCGGGGACGGGGAGGCGAGCUCAGGAGCUCAGUGUGGUGAUGUCUUGACUUAAAAUGGGCCUGAAAAUCGCGACGGGAACAAGUAGGGCACCGCUUAACACGUGAUAGUCAUUCAUUGCAUGAAGUGGAGUAAUUCCAUCUGGUGGUGAAAGCAUUGUGAUCGCACACGUGAAAACUCACCCAGCUUUACCCUGAUGUGAUCUUUCCUGCCAUGUGAAAGUUCGGACAACUGCUUGUAACUACUCUUCCUUCAGAACUGUAUUGGAGGGUGACCGGUCAAGCUUGUAAUUUAAAAUCUUCACCAACAAA